AUGGCCAGCAUCUCCCUCGUCCUCCUCGGCGGCGGGUCCCUGCACCAGGUGGAGGGCAGGGCCAUGCGGGAGCGCGCGAUGGCGCCGAGCUGCCGCGGCGCCGUCACCCUGGCGCUCCUGCUGCACGACCUGGCCUGGGUGAGCUUCGUGCCCGAGGCGGGCGUGCUGGCGAUGCUUGCAGGCCUCGUGCUUCAGGCGAAGCUUGUGCGGGAGGAGCAGGGGAAGUGCCCGCUGGAGCACGCCGUCGCUUUGGCGCUGCGGGACCUCGGCGGCGGCUCCCGGCAUCCGCGGCCGAUCCUGCUGCUGGACCUGGGACGGGUGAGCAGGGCCCUCGCGGCGUGGCGCUCGGAACUGCCGCGGCUGGUGCCGCAGUUCCCCGUGGGCCAGGAUGCUGACCGGAAGACGGUCCAGCUGCUGCACGCGGAGCGGUGCUGCUUCACUUGCACGACCCUCCCCGAGAUUCGGCUGGCGCUGUCAUUGGGGAUCUCGCCGAAGGACAUAUUCUUUGCCCAGCCGCGCAAGCCGCGCCCCCACCUGAGCUUCGCGCGGGAGCAUGGCGUGGAGCUCAUGACUUUCGAGGAUCGGGGGCCUCGAAGCGUGGCGGCGGAGCACGCGGGGGCGCGGCUGCUCCUCAGCGUCGCGUGCUCGGAGGAGCGGGGCGGCAGCGCGGAGGCCCCGCCCUUCGCGGUGCGCUUCGGGGCGCAGCGGGACAGCUGGCGGCCGCUGCUGGAGCUCGCGGCGGGCCUCGGGCUGUCGGUGGUGGGCGUGUCGCUCAGCUGCGGGCCCCGGAGGGCCUCCUGCCUGGGCGAGGCGCUGGGCGCCGCGAGGGAGGCGAUGUCGCUGGCGGUGGCCUGUGGCUUCGAGGUCACCGUGCUGGAGGUCGGAGGGGCCUUUGCCGCGCUGGCCGGCGGCGGGCAGGCGGCCCAGAGCGCCGACGACGUGGAGGGGCACCUGCGCAGGCGCUUCCCCAGCGCCGCGUGGCCCGGCCUCCGCAUCCUGGCGGAGCCCGGGCGGCACGUGGCGCAGGGCGCGGUCGCGCUGCUGACCCCCGGCCGGGCGCCGCUGGCGGGCGGCAGCGAGCGCUGCAGCCCGAGCGGCGGCAGGUGGGGAACCUUCGGAAGCCCGUGUGCAGUCGACUGGUCUGGCGAGGACAUGCCAGCUGUAAGCAGCCCCUCCACGAGGUGGCUCCUCUGGCAGGCUCUGCCGACCGGGAGCCCGAGCGACGGGACCGCGGCGUGGCGGGCGGCCCCGCCCGCGGCAGCGCCGCCCGUCCCGCAGCCGCAGCUGCCGACGGCUGCCCCGACGGUGUGGUACUUCAGCGAGGAGGAGGUGUCGUGA